UCUUACAUCAGCUCUCUCCACACAACUUGACGUACAGACCAAGUUUGUGGCUAAAUCUCGGUAAUUAUUAAUAAAAAUUGCAGUUUGAGUCAGUGAAAAACGUCGAGAAAAUCCACACAAGUUCAAUCAUGAAGAUCUGGACGUAUGAGCAUGUAUUCAAUCAUCCAUGGGAGACAGUUGCGCAGGCAGCACUUCGAAAAUAUCCAAAUCCCAUGAAUACAGCUGUUCUGGGGACUGAUGUUAUUGACAGAAAAGUUGUCGAUGGGGUUCUACAUACGCACAGACUCGUCGUCAGUGAAUUCAAAUUCCCGAAUUGGGCGCAGGCGCUAAUUGGGCAUGCUAAGGAGUGUUAUGCCAGUGAAAGGAGUGAAGUGAAUCCAGCCAGUAAAGAAAUGGUCCUGAAGACGAGAAAUUUGACAUUCUGUAAUUACAUAGCUGUUGACGAGACCCUGAAGUACGUUCCUCAUCCGGAGGACAAGACGAAGACACUCCUGAAGCAGGAAGCGAUAGUCACAGUCCAGGGUGUACCCCUCACGUCUUACAUGGAGGAAUUACUUACCAAAAAAAUUUCCUUCAACGCUGGAAUGGGACGACAAGCUGUGGAGUGGGUGAUAAAGUUGGAUACUGAAGUGAAAGGUUUGGCAAAUAGUGCUGUAAAGUCAACUGAUGAGCUCUUAACUCAGACCCGCCGUCAGUUUGAUGAUAUAUCAACAAAAACGAGAAAGAGCAUGGAUGAUCUUCAGCAAGCUGCUAAAAUAUCACUCGAUGAGAUACAGACAUUCACAGCUCCCUCGUCACCUCAAUCAAUGCCAAAAUUAUAGCUAAGAUUUCGCUCUAGCUUUAAUCUUUUCAAUUAAUGAGUGUUGUUUGACUUCACAUAGCAUCUGACAACUUUUGCCAGUCAAACCUGACACAAUAUUUAAAAUUCAUUUCGGAUACGAGCUAGUUGAAUUGGCCCCCGAAUUCACCAAUGUUUCGAGUGAUUAAUUCAGGCCAAUGUCUAAUUACCGUUGCGUAUUCCGGACGGAGUGUAGAGGUUUUAAUAAUACAAUGGGUCUGGACAAUCUCAAAUUGCAAUUUUUUUCAAUAUCAAAUGGUUGUCGGGGGUAGAUUUUCAUUUGGAUGAUUUACUAUAGUGAAUACUUUGCACGUGGGUAAUGCCCCAGAGGUAAGUUGCUUUGAAUUAUUUUGUACAAAGCUAUCGAUACUAACGGCGAACACUUGCCGAUGUACAUUCAAUUCAAUCACUGAUGAAGUAAUCAUAGGAAAUUAUUCGAGUUUAUUUUCAUCGCUGUAUGGAUGAUGGAGAAUAUUUCUCCUAAUAUAUUAAAUAACAAGAAAGAGACUAAGUAACGAAUCGUUGAAUAUCGAUAUAAUUUAUGUAGGUAAAUCAAUUGAAAUAAAGUGGUGUUGAUUAUCCGAGGAUAGUUGACAUUCAGCACGACAA